CUCACCUGCUGGAGGAGCUCGCGCCGCAACGAGAAAGAAAGAGGAGGAGGGAUGUGACGAUCACGGGCGGAGGGGCUGUUGGUCUCCGUCUCUCUCGCGCUCUGUCUCUCUCUCUCCCUUGCCGCAGCCAUGCUGUCUCGCGCAUCCAACGCUGCAGCCACAAACCGGCGACGCGUGUCUAGGGCGUGCAAGGAAUGAAACACGGUUGGUUUAGUGUCUGUGACGCUUCAACCUCUAAUUUAGGAUUCGCCGGGAUACCGGGGACCUCGUAAGGAGUGCGCAAGAGCCUAUAGCAACCAUUUCGCCUGCGAAGACAACAGCCGUUUUCGCCUGUCACCGUGAACGUCUAUGAGCCCGCGCACUGUCGAUUAUUCUGGUAUCAACCUGUCAUGAGGACGUUACCGGCAUGAUUGACUGGCCUUAUUUAUUGGGUGGAGUUAAACAGUGAUAAAACCGAGAAUCCCUUCCGACUAUUGGAGCGUGAUUUGGAGCUCAACGGGACAUGCUCACGUAGUCUUGCUGCUGUUCGCAGCGGUGUUACCGGGGAGAACGGCUCGUUAGCAGGACGAUACUCGUUGAUGCAGGGAUGUGAUUAGUUUGACUUCGCCAUUACCGUUACAAGAAACUGACCCGGCUCUGUUUGGAUCCCGGUCAGAGCCACAUGUGGUUCUCGGGGAUUAGUGAGGUCUACACAACGUUACGAUUCGGUACCGGGACCGUGUGAGACCACGGAAGCAGCAAUGUCUCUUAGUAAGAGUAUUGAACUGGAGCAUUUUGAUGAGCGGGAUAAAACACGCCGGGGCCGGUCCACGCGCAGCAAAGGCACUGACACCGGCUCUGGCUCGCGGGGCAGCAGCCUGGUCCCGAGCCCCGCGCACAGCACCAACUGCAGCUACUACCGCACGCGCACACUCCAAGCGCUCACCUCGGAGAAGCGUGCCAAAAAGGUGAGGUUUUACCGGAAUGGAGACCGGUACUUCAAAGGGCUGGUGUAUGCAGUCUCGAGCGACCGGUUUCGUUCCUACGACGCUCUUCUGAUGGAACUCACUCGAUCGCUCGCGGACAACCUGCACCUGCCACAGGGCGUGCGCACCAUCUACAAGGUGGAUGGGACCAAAAUCACGAACUUGGACGAACUGGCGGAGGGAGAGAACUAUGUGUGUGCGUCCAACGAGCCCUUCAGGAAGGAGGAGUACUCCAAGAUCUCUGUCCCCAGCUGGAGGCCCGGGGCAGGGGUGGCAGGGAAGCCCGGGGCUGGGGGGGCCCGGGGGGAGGGCAGGGGGGAGGCCCGGGGGGAGGGAAAGGACUUCAUCAAGCCCAAGCUGGUGACGGUGAUCCGUAGCGGGGGGCGACCCAGGAAGGCUGUGAGGAUCCUCCUGAACAAGAAGACAGCCCAGUCCUUCAGUCAGGUCCUGGAGGACAUCACCGACGCCAUCAAGCUGGACUCUGGAGCUGUCAAGAAGAUCUACACUCUGGACGGCAAGCAGGUGACCAGCCUGCAGGACUUCUUCGGGGAUGAUGAUGUGUUCAUGGCGUGUGGGCUGGAGAAGUUCCGCUACGCUCAGGAUGAUGUGCUGCUCACGCACAGCGGCAAGACCCCGCCCUACCUCAACGAGUCCAGACUGAAGUCCUCUCGCUCCACCACUCCCCUCAAGCCUACAUUACCCAGAAGCCUCUGCACCUCAGUCAAAACCCUGCCCAAAACUCCACCCAGGACCAAGUCACCUGGCCCAGCCAAUGAGACGGCCGGGCAGGCAGCUGUGGUGAGGUCAGCAAGGGCUAGCCCCUCCCCCACCAGCCCAGGAGCCAGACGCAACCUCAAGAUCUCUCCUCUUCAUGCUUCAUCAGAUGUAAAUGGUGCAGCAGACCACACAGACGAGCUGAGCCCUGAAGUGAACGGGAACACAGAGCUGUCGUCCUGUAAGAUCAGAGAGAAGUACCAGGUGGGCCGUGUGAUCGGAGACGGGAACUUUGCUGUGGUGAAGGAGUGUGUGGAGAGGUCUACAGGACAGGAGUUUGCUCUGAAGAUCAUUGACAAAGCUCGCUGCUGUGGGAAGGAGCACCUGAUAGAGAACGAGGUGGCUGUGUUGAGGAAGGUUCGCCACCCCAGCAUCAUCCAGCUGAUCGAGGUGGACGACACACCCACAGAGCUGUUCCUGGUCAUGGAGCUGGUCAAGGGAGGGGACCUCUUUGAUGCCAUCACGUCCUCCACCAAGUACACAGAGAGAGACGCCAGUGCCAUGGUGUUUAACCUGGCCGGAGCCCUCAAGUACCUGCACAGCAUGAGCAUCGUGCACAGGGACAUCAAGCCAGAGAACCUGCUGGUGUGUGAGUAUCCAGACAGUACCAAGUCUCUGAAGCUGGGGGACUUUGGCCUGGCCACGCUGGUGGAGGGGCCCCUGUACACCGUCUGUGGGACCCCCACCUAUGUGGCCCCGGAGAUCAUAGCAGAGACAGGGUACGGUCUGAAGGUAGAUAUCUGGGCUGCAGGAGUGAUUGCCUACAUCCUGCUCUGUGGGUUCCCCCCCUUCCGAAGUGAGAACAACGUUCAGGAGGAGCUGUUUGAGCAGAUCCUGAAAGGGAAGCUCGAGUUCCCCUCCCCCGACUGGGACAACAUCAGCCUGCCUGCCAAGAUGCUGAUUGGUCAGAUGCUGCAGGUGAACGUGGGGUCUCGCUGCACAGCGGAGGAAGUUCUGUCUCACCCCUGGGUGACGGAUGAACCUACUGCAGAGGGUCACAGUGUUCCCAUGGAGACGUCAUCUGUUCCCCCCGCCCAGACGGAGACCAGCCCAACCCUCCAGACCAGACCCCUCCCCUCUCCUCUAUGCUGAUCAGACCCCUCCCCUCUCCUCUAUGCUGAUCAGAC